UGACCUGAAAUCUGUACCUACCUAUCGUGAUGUGAGCUGUAAAUUAAAUCUAAAACAAUUCGUAAAUAAUGUGAUAGGUGCAUAAAUGUUGCUUCAAUACGAAUACUUAAUUGAUAAUAUCUGCAAAGUAGUAUCUGCGUUCUAGCACCGUAAAUCAAAGUUGUUAUAUUCAAAUCACUUUAAAAUCCCAGACUUGUUUUUUUAUAAAAAGGAUAUGCCUCCGGUAAAGGAUGAUUUGAGAGAAAUUAGUUGUAUAGAAAUUAUAACGGAAAAGAGCCCUGCAAAAGGUACUGCUCUGGUAGAUGUGAGAGCGUGUAAUAAGCCCGCAGCAAAGGUAUGGUUCCGUGGCGUGAGAAGCUCCAAAUUCCGUCAUGUGUACGGUGUUCCCUUCAAGCGGGAACGUUGUUACGACAACAUAAAGAUCACCAGGAAUGCGCACGAUUCCAACUUCUGCGCCGUCAACCCUAAAUUCGUCGCCAUCGUCACUGAAGUAGCGGGCGGGGGAGCCUUUUUAGUUCUGCCUCUGGAUCACACCGGCCGGCUGGAUUUCAACGCGAGUCGCGUCACGGGUCACAAAGGCCCAGUCCUGGAUAUCAAAUGGAAUCCGUUCAACGAUAACAUCAUAGCCUCGUGUUCCGACGACUGCACGGUGAAACUGUGGCACAUCCCAGAUGGAGGGUUGUCCAUGCAUUUAACGGAUUGGCUGGUGGAACUUCAUGGUCACAAGCGACGUGUAGCCUACAUUGAGUGGCAUCCAACCGCCGAGAACAUCUUGCUUAGUGCCGGCUUCGAUUAUUUGAUCUUUGUAUGGGACGUCGGUAAAGGUGAAGCGAUCAAAGUGAUCGACUGUCACAGUGAUGUGAUCUAUUGCAUGUCGUUCAACCGCGACGGAUCUCUUAUUGCUACCACUUCGAAAGACAAGAAGCUGAGAGUGAUUGAACCGAGGCGUGGCAUCGUACUUUCGGAAGGUCAGUGCCACACCGGUACCAAGGCUUCCAAAUGCACGUUCCUGGGAAGCCAGGGUAAAGUGCUGACUACCGGAUUCUCCCGGUACAGUGACAGGCAGUACGCAGUGUGGGACCAACACGACCUUAGCAAGCCGUUACUCUGCGAGACGAUCGACAGCUCAUCUGGAGUAGUCUUCCCAUACUACGAUUAUGACACUAACAUGGUGUACCUCGCUGGCAAAGGUGACGGAAACAUUCGUUACUACGAAGUCGUCGAUGAACCACCUUACGUGCAUUUUCUCAAUCAAUUUCUGUCUGGAAAUCCUCAACGCGGCUUGGGAUUUAUGCCAAAGCGUGGCGUCAACACCUCGAUCUGCGAAGUGUUCCGGUUUUACAAGCUGCAUACAUCGCGUGGACUUUGCGAACCCAUCUCUAUGAUCGUACCGCGCAAGUCAGACUGCUUCCAGGAGGAUCUGUACCCGGACACCGCAGCCCCGCAGCCCGCUAUCAGCUCACGGGAUUGGCUCAGCGGUAUCAACGCCCCGCCGCUGCUCAUCAGCAUGAAGACCGGUGUAACAAUAUCGACUCACAAGCCGCGUAAGAACAAGGACGCCCCGGCAUUGCAGCCGCAAGACGCCAACAACAGGAAAAAGUUCGCGUUCCUAUCUCGAGAGACCACGCCCGACUACCGCCCUCUGGCCACCUGGCAGGAAAACCACGACAAUGACGCGCCACAGGUGCAAGUAACGGAGAAAUGCCAGAAGACUUCUGCGAACCAAAACACUAAAUUCCACCAACUACAGCGCAUGUUCGGAAAACAGACGGGCGAAACUGAACCCGUGCCGCUCUACAAGCAGAUCAACCAAGGGGAUGUAUUCAACACAGAACAUGAGCUACGUCUGGCAUUCAAUCGGCAAGGUGAAGAGUUGAGGAUUGUAAAACGGCAGCUACAGUUGAGUCAGCAGAGAGUCCGUGAACUCGAACAACACAUUGCGUCUCUUCAGACACGGCUACAGUGAGACCUGAACACUUCGAGAAUUUCUACAACCUCCGAUAUGAUAAUCCACUAAAAUUGUAGAUAGUGGAAACAUCAUCUUCAAUUUCCUUUAUAUUGCUUUCUUGCCUGGAAACGAAUUGGCAUCAGUUAUUUAUAUUGGAUUGGAAAAAGUAGAAAGGCUUUUGUAUUGAGCGAUGGCUGGUUAUUUUCUUUACAUUCACAUUGCAAUAGCAAUUCUGAAACUUGGCAUAACUAUGAGAAUAUUUCUGCUCUCUAUUGCUCUCUAUAAUAUACUAGCUAUUGUUUCAGCUAAUCCUUAUGACAUUCCAAAAUUAUAAAAUUAAAUAAAGACGUCAAAUCUACACAACUAUUCAAUUUGAUCGAAAAUCAACCUGAGUUACUGUUAUUUAAGAGUUGUUUGCUUUGGAGCUUAAAACAACUGGCUUUCAUAUACCAUGUAACUGCAUGGACUACUAUAAAACUUAUCGAAUUGUAGUAGUGCCAAUAUUACUAAAGCUUUAAUUCACUUGUCCAACAAGCUAACUUUUAAUGUACAUGCUAUUUCACUGAGUGAUCUUGUGAAGAGUAUUUCUUUGUUAUAUUUAAGAUUGGCAGGCAUUAAAAUAAUUUAUGCUUUUGAUGUGAAGUGAUAACAUAAUUGAUACAUUAGGUAUCGAACACUAGGUUUUAUUUAUAUUUUGGCAUAAGUUUUUAAUCUUUUUAUGUGUUAUACUUUGUUGCCGAAGUUAUGGCAUUAAGUAAUGUCAGUUAGAUGGCACCAAAGUCAGUUGAACUGUUUAAAAUUAUGUGAUACCCGAUUUGACCAUUUACAUUCCUUCUGUGCUUCAUAAAGCACGUUAAACUGUCAUUAACCUAUUGAGCCUUAUUGUAAAGAAACGAAUGUUUAAUAGGACGCGUUGUCAAAUUACGACAUAUUAAUACUGUUCAUCGUACGGUCAUAUUAUGUUUAAUGAGUAUUUAGUGAGCCGACUUCAUUCGGUACUCAUUGAGAGCCUAUCACAGCUUGUAUCAGACAAAAUUGGUGGGGGAUCGCCUCCACCCAUUCGGUCACAUGAUUUUGUUGACUCACUAUAGCUACUCUUACAGCAUGUUUUGUAAAAAAAAUCUGACAGUUGCUAACUGGUGAUGUGUUUCGUGUGGUUGAAAUACCACUGGAUUUUUAAUCUAUCAAUCUAACAAAGUUUAGUUGUAAAACCAUUUAUUCUGGGGGCAAUGAUUAGUCAUUAUAUACAGGCUUUGAAUGAAAUGUCCAAACAUUGUUUUCUAUAUUAUUUUGAAAACAAAUACCAUGACCAUAAUGUUUUAUCGUGUAAAAAUAGUUGUCUUUUGUCAAUGUCAUUGUAGUUUCCAUAUUUUUUUCUUUUAUUGUUUUCAUUGAUAUUUAAAAAGAAAAACCUGAGAUAAAGAUACAGUUUCGUAUAUGACGCCGUUAAAAUUAUUAGCGCUCACUUUUGAGCAUGCGGUUCAUAAGACAUGCUACAUUAAUCUGUGAAUAUCAAUGGUAUUUUUAUUUUUAUUCAUUGAGCUGGGGAUGGACAUCAUAUAACAUAGUAGAUAGGUAUAACAACAUUAUUACAGUAAGAAUUAUGUUUACUCAUUUCAACGAUUAUGCAUUUAUUAUGUACUGUUAACAUUGGAUUAAUAACUUGUACCUGAACUUGAGGAUGUCAUUGUCAUAAAAAUUGAUUCUAAUUUUUUUUUUUACAAAAUUUAUUCAUUCCAAAACAAGUGUAUAACUACUUGGUAAAAUUAUAAAGUUGAUUAUGUUUUUCUGGCCUAACAUAAUAUUAUAAAAAGGUUCGAUCAUAUUAUACUUUAAGGCCUAAACGUUAGGUACCCUUGUGAUGAUUUUGAUGAUGAUGAUUCAAAGAUUGAAGUAUUUCAAAAUGCUAACAUGUUUAUGAUAAGAAUGUCAAAGAUCAUAUUCUACCUACCUAUCAAUUAAUUUUACUACUAACACUAUUUUAAAAAGCACAUGAUAUAGUUUAUACCCAGUUUUAUGAUCCAGUUAAUUUGUUAGUGAUUGUUUUAUAGUCUGAUUUACAUUAUUAGUGUUAGCUGUUAAUUUCAAUGUUUGUUCCUUAUUUUUGUGUGACUAUUACUUGUGUAAUUUAUUUACCAUAGAAUAAGUGUAUUGACCUAUUAUUAUUGUAAUUUUUAUGCGAAUUUAUUAUUCUGUCUACAUAAUUCUGUUAGGAUAUCUGCCUUUUUUAAAUUCAUAAUAGCCAACGAUCACAGGAUGAUCUUGAUUUUACGAUUUGUAUUAAACCUUUUGCAAGUUUUACAUGCAUAAAGGUGCGGUUACAACUAAUGCUUUUUUGUCUGCAUGCUAAUUCAGCUUAAGAAAGUGGCAUUGCACCCUUAAGCAGAUUUUACCUUAAACUUUUAUAUUGAGAAUAUGUCUUAUGAUUUUCUAGCUUAUUUUUACUAAUUGCAAAUGUUUUAAAUUUUAUUCAAUGCUUAAAAAUGUACUGCCAGAACGAUUUCGAAAUAAAUUGUACAAAAAAUGUUACCUGAAAUUUUUGUACAUAAACAAUGAUAGUUUCAUUUAGUUUUUUUUAUUUAUAUUUAGAUAGGUGCUAGAUUCUACAAUCCGUUGCUUGAUAUUGCAGUUUUUCAAAAUUUUUUUAUUGAAACAUUCUUACACUACAUUAGUUUAUUUAGUAAGCUAGAUUUGAGAAAACGUUAAUCUAAAUCAGCUACUUAUGAAGAAAGCUUCUAAAUAUUGAAACACGUUAUAUAUUGUGUUUGCUUUUGUUGUUAUUAUAAUAUUUGAGUUCACCAAAGCUUUAAUUACCCUACACCAUGAUAUCGUAACAAAAGGUAAAUACAAUUUUUAUAUUAUAAAAAUACAAUUUGGCUUAUUUUGUCGUAAAAAUAUUUUUUUAGCAUAAAAAAUUCUAUUUAUGAAAUAAUCUGUAACGUAGACUAUUUUCAUAAUUUUAUUACAUUCCAUUUAAAUGCAUCGACACUAGGGUAAGUGAAAAUUAAUCUAAAAGUAUUAUUGUGUAUAAGCUGAGUUAGUAAUCUAGUUUUGUGGCUAAGUCGACGUUUAAUAUUUAUUGUGUAUUUUUAUAUCAUGCUUGUGUAGCACAAAUUUUCAAUAAAUGUUUGAACAAUUACUUUGUUCUCUUUGCCCUUUUUAUCCUUUUCUUAGUAAAUAUAGCUUGAAAGUAGGUCCCAUCAUUUUCAUAAAUCAAACCUAACUCGCCAGCUUGGGGGACACCCAAUUCUUAGUUGGGGUCCCAUUCGUUAAUGGUCUAAAUUAAUAAUUUUUUUUUUCGGUAAAUGAAAACAUCCUGAGAACAAACGACCUGCAUGCCUUGUUCUCCAUAAUCUUGUCACGUUUGUAAAG